GUCAGAAGAAGUACUUGUAGUAGUAGAAGUAGUAGAAGUAGACGAAGUAGACGUAGUAGACGUAGUAGACGUCUUUACUGCGAGACUCUGGGAUUAUUGAGACACAACAAGAACAGCACGAAUGGAGGAUUUAUUAUGACGAGCGAGGGUUAGAGCGUUCAACCGUACAUUGUCACAAUGAGUAAGAGCGACCGAUGCGCGGACAUCCAGGCGAGUGUCUCGGCGUGCUGGGAGAGUUUCCUGGCCUGUUUUAAGAAGCCGGGUCCGGCCGCAGGUGAGAGCAACAGGCCCGAGGACAAAGUGGAUGUUGUGAUUGAAAACGGCGCGUUAUCAGAGCCGGGAUUUGACAGCAGAGUUCUCAGCAGCAGCAGCAGCAACAGCAACGACAGAAGACUGUCGCUGUCUGGAGAGCGUUACAUCGCGCUGUAUGAUUACUCCGCCCGCACUGAGGAGGACCUGAGCUUCCAUGCCGGGGACAUCCUCCAAGCUCUGGACAAAAGUGCAGGGGACUGGUGGUUCGCCAAAGCCAUCACCGGCCUGUCCUCCCCCAGGCAGGGAUACAUCCCCGCCAACUAUGUGGCUCCUGUGGAGAGUCUGGAAUCAGAACCCUGGUAUUUCCCCAACACCAAGAGGAUAGACGCAGAGAAGAUGUUGGUUGCUGGAGGAAACCGGCACGGUGCCUUCCUCGUCAGAAACAGCGAGACUGAAAAAGGAGAGCUCUCCCUCUCAGUGCUGGACAGUGGGAAGGUGAAGCAUUACAAGAUAAGAAAACAGGACAAUGGUCAGUACUUUGUGUCAAGGACAAGGUCGUUUCAAACUCUGAAGGAGUUGGUGGAAUAUUACUCCAGACAAGCUGAUGGCCUUUGUGUGCGUCUGGUUGAACCAUGCAAAAAGAUGGAGGCUCCACAGACUCAUGGUCUUUCCUACAACACAGUGGACCAGUGGGAGAUUGACCGUAACUCCAUCAAGCUGCUGAGGAAACUGGGAGCCGGUCAGUUUGGUGAAGUGUAUGAAGGCAUUUGGAACCAAACCACAGCAGUGGCCGUGAAGACCCUCAAACCUGGUACGAUGGAUGCCGAGGAUUUCCUCCGAGAGGCUCAGAUCAUGAAGAGGCUGCGGCACCAGAAGCUCAUCCAGCUGUACGCCGUGUGCACCAUAGAGGAGCCCAUUUACAUCAUCACAGAGCUGAUGAAGAACGGCAGCCUGCAGGAGUACCUUCAGAAAGAUAAGGGUUCUACUCUCCGGCUCUGUGACCAGAUAGAGAUGGCAGCACAGGUGGCAUCGGGCAUGGCCUUUCUGGAGGAACAGAACUACAUCCACAGAGACCUGGCAGCCAGAAAUGUCCUGGUGGGCGAAAACAACAUCUGCAAGAUCGCCGACUUUGGUCUCGCCAGGGUCUUCAUUAACGAGAGUGUGUACGAAGCCAAACAGGGCACAAAGUUCCCUGUGAAAUGGACCGCUCCAGAGGCCAUCCACGACAACAAGUUCAGCAUAAAAUCUGAUGUUUGGUCCUUUGGGGUUUUGCUGUACGAGAUCAUGACCUUUGGCCAGAUGCCUUAUCCAGGCAUGUCCAACUUCCAGGUAGUCCAGAAGGUUCCCCUGGGACACAGGAUGCCACGCCCCCCAAAUUGCCCCCAAGUCAUGUAUGACAUCAUGAUGGAUUGCUGGAAGAAGGACGAACAUGAACGACCCACGUUUGAGACCCUGCAGUGGAAGCUGGAGGACUUCUUUGACCUGGAUGUGAACUCGUAUGACGAUGCCAGCCGAUACUAAGACACUCAAUAAAAAGAAAGGACUUAAAGUGACGUAUUUAAUGAAGUAAGACACUGAAAGGUAAUUUAAAAUCCAUGUGGUAGAAUACUGUGACAAUAACUGACUGGCUUUUCCUACAGCAACACUCCUGGCUUUGCUUUGUGUGAUAACCGAAUGCACUUUGAGACGAGGCCACAUGCACGUUGAGCCUAACUUGUAACGUUGGCUCUCAAAAUGGAAGAGGCCUCUGUCAGAACAGAUGAAAAGCUGCAAAUCUGUCCAUCUCGACCAACCAGUUCUUCUUGCGCUCAGCAUAGCGCACAUUGUUUCCACCAGCUACGUGAGCUUUACUGUCAGGAUCUGAGAAAUGUUCCCGUACUUUUAUUGUGAAAUGCACUGCCCAUCCCCCUCAAAAAAACAAUGCCAUACACUAAUAUUUGGUAUGAGUCGUACCAUUAAAGCCUCAUCUGGGGGCUGUAUGGAUGAGAUUGAUUUAUUUUGUCACAGUAAAUAGGAAGGAUGUAGCAUAUACUGCACAAAGUGAAGUGUGAUGUCAUCUCAGGUGGUCAAAGGUCAAAUCUAUCCAGGAUACAUGUGUGAAUAUGUCGUAUUUAGUGCUGUCGAUUUGUGAUAGGAUUCCUUAGGACAGAUGUUUUAUACCAGGUCUGAACGAGGUCUAUAGGCAACUGUCUUUGGCUUUAGUAGUCAACUUUAAUCCCGUAGCCUGGCUAACACCAGACUGUCUCAUGGAAAGAAUGUCGUCACCUCCCAUUUUCUCAAUGGGAGACUCAAAUCUCUGCUUCACUCCACAGUCCAUCACACGAUCCAACAGUUUGUCCUGAAGCUCAUGUCUUCAGACGACAUCACAAAAAGAACAUGGAGCUCUGCAGGUUGAUGCACACAAAUAACUGGAGCGUAACUAUGAGUCCACGUUUUUACAAACCCCGUUUUGUUGUUUUGAACAUUUAUAAAGAAACUUUUAAGCUGCAGUAAAUCAUAAAUCAUUUGUCUCAUGGCAGUGCACAUUUUUAUCUUAUCAACAAGUUAUUUUAACUGUCGUUUUUAAAGUGGAUCAUAAACGUUUAUUUUGCCUUUUUCGUUGUGGUUUUCACUCACCGUUUUACCCCCGAGCCGGUCAACGACUUUGCUGAUUGGAGGCAGAUGGGUAGUUAACUGUGGGGUAACCAGCAGCUUACCUUUACUGAAAGCAACACUGACUCUUCAAGGUCAACAAAGAGUCAUUGAUAAUUCUUUUUAUUUGUUCACUAUUGGCAGCCAUAUCAUGAUGUGAUGUAUGAAAUAAAGAUUACUGCAACUUUAAGGGUUGUCAUAACUUUCAUAAUCCAAAGUAAAGUAAAUACAUGUAGUUCCAUCCGUCCAAUAUGCAAUUAAGUGCCACUAGUUGUUGACCAACUCAAAAAAACCAACUUGACUCUAAAGGCUGUAGUACAUAAUUCUAGCCCUGUUUGUAAAUAAAGCUUUAUUCAAAUAAGUUGUGGAUAAAAAGAUGAUAAAACAUUUAUUUAGUCGGAUGUUUUGACCCAUUUAUUAAAACUGCCGUGUAGCUUGUUGCUCACUGUUGUGAACUGGCACCAUGGAUUUCUUCUAGGCGCUAACAGGACAACCUGAAUUUUGAGCCUUUAAACGAGCGCUAACGGAACGUGAAUGUGAAUAGUUGAAGUGUUUUAAAAUGAGCUUGUGACAUGAACACGAUAAACGAGGCUCCAGUGUUUUCAUCACAUCCUCAAAUGCAACAGAGAGAGCAGCUUAGCAAAGGCCCAACAACAACAACAACAACAACAACGCUAACCGUAUUUCACAUAUUGAAAUGAUAUCUUUUGUUUACUGACGUCUUGUGAGGCUGAAUGUUGCAUAUUAACGUGAGCAUGUCGAUGUUACAACUACUAGUUACUAGCUAGUUACUAGCUAGUUACUAGCUUGUUAGUAACGUGCUAAUAGCAGACGAGCCUGUUAGCCUGUGACUUGUUUUUUGGUACUGAAUGUUUACAGACACGACAGCCAUGACUAUUUAUGUUGUUGUGUUAGUUGUUUUGUAGUAUUCAGUAUCCUAUCAACAUGUUUUAUCAUUAUUUUUGAAAUAUUGCUACACAGUUAGCUAAGUCAGGGUCUUGCAUACAACUGAUUGUACAGCUCCCUCUGUAUCUAGAACCUGCAGGAAAACAAUGUUGGCUACUUAUCGAAAAGGCUCCUUUAACAAAAUCUACACCUGCGUAAGUGUUUGCUAUCUUGGGGAAAUGUUUGCUGCUUUAUCUCACGGUUAGACAUCGUUUUCUUGCUGGAAAAGUGAACCGCUCACUCUCUUUCACCAAAGUCCAUUGAAGAAAAAUGGUACUGCUGCUUUACUGCUGCCUUGCUAAAUAAGUUUGUGUUACACUGGUAAAACAAAGGAUUUCACAAUUCAAAGUCCCAAAAUAACACGUUUUAACUGCCAUGAUUUUGAUGGAAAUGAACAAGCCAAUCAGACAUAUCGACAUUAGUCUUAUUACGAUAUCUGGAUGAUGUCAUAUUCUCAUGAUUGCCUUGUUAUUUGUAUAUUGUAACCAUGCCAGUGUUUAUAUAUGAUCAUACAUUUAUUCAUAACACAAUUAAAGUAUUAUCCUGCUCAUGG